AUGGCGGCGAGUCAGGGAGGUGGUGGUAACAGUGGGGGCGGCGGUGGUGGUGGAGGUGGAAGCAGCAGUGGCAGUGGCGCGGCCGGAGGAGGAGGUGGUGGGGCCGGAGGGGGAGGCGGUGGCGGCAGUGGCGGGAUCCUGGUGGUGCCCAUCCCUGUGCCGACUCUUUUCGGCCAGCCGUUUCCCAAUGGGCCGCAGUGGAACCCGGGGAGCCUGCAGCCUCAACACACCGUGAGAAGCCUGGACCGGGCCCUGGAGGAGGCGGGCAACUCUGGCAUCCUGAGCCUCAGUGGCCGGAAACUCCGGGACUUCCCGGGCAGCGGCUACGACCUGACAGACACCACCCAAGCAGAUCUUUCUAGAAACCGUUUUACAGAAAUUCCUUCUGAUGUAUGGUUAUUUGCACCUCUUGAGACAUUAAACUUAUAUCAUAAUUGCAUCAAAACCAUUCCCGAAGCCAUUAAAAACCUGCAGAUGUUAACAUACCUUAACAUUAGCCGAAAUCUUUUAUCAACAUUGCCAAAGUACCUGUUUGAUCUUCCCCUUAAAGUUUUGGUUAUCAGUAAUAACAAACUGGUAUCCAUUCCAGAAGAAAUUGGAAAGUUAAAAGAUUUAAUGGAAUUGGAUAUUAGCUGCAAUGAAAUACAGGUCCUUCCCCAACAAAUGGGAAAGUUACAGUCACUUCGAGAGCUGAAUAUAAGAAGAAAUAAUCUUCAUUCUUUGCCUGAUGAACUAGGUGAUCUUCCCUUAGUCAAGCUGGAUUUUUCUUGUAAUAAAGUGACUGAAAUCCCAGUUUGUUACAGGAAGCUACAUCAUUUGCAAGUAAUAAUUUUGGAUAACAAUCCACUGCAAGUACCACCAGCACAGAUAUGUUUAAAGGGUAAAGUGCACAUAUUUAAGUACUUAAAUAUUCAAGCAUGUUGUAGAAUGGAUAAGAAACCAGAUUCCCUUGAUCUUCCAUCGCUGAGUAAAAGAGUGCCAUCUCAGCCUCUCACAGACAGUAUGGAAGAUUUUUAUCCGAAUAAAAAUCAUGGACCUGACUCUGGAAUUGGGAGUGAUAAUGGAGAGAAACGAUUAUCUACAACAGAACCUUCAGAUGAUGAUACCAUCAGCCUUCACUCUCAAGUGUCAGAAUCAAAUAGAGAACAAACAUCAAGAAAUGAUAAUCAUACAAUAGGAAGCAAGAAUGAUUCCCAGAAAGACCAGGAGGUGUAUGAUUUUAGUGACCCCAGUACAGAAGAUGUAGCUGUUCCUGAACAAGGAGAUAUACAUAUUGGAUCAUUUGUCUCUUUUCUUAAGGGAAAAGAAAAGUGCUCUGAAAAAUCUCAGAAAAAUGAAGAUAUGGGAAAUGAGAAAAGACUUGAAAAAGAACAGUUACUUGCAGAAGAAGAUGAUGAAUUGAAAGAAGUAACUGAUUUGAGGAAAAUAGCUGCACAGUUAUUGAAGCAAGAACAGAAGAACAGAUGGAGGCCCUUAAGUUAUAGAUCAUCAUUCAGUGACAAACUCUUCCAGAGGACCAGAGCAGCAGGACGGAAAUCAAGGAUUCUUAAUCAUUCAACUUCUGUCAUUAGAAACAAGCUGAAACAAACUGUGGAAUGUGAAAAGAGUGUCUCAGCAGAUGAAGUUAAUUCACCAUUAUCACCCCUUCCAUGGCAGCCCUUAGAAAAUCAGAAGGAUCAAAUAGUUGAACAACAGUGGCCAGAAUCUCAACCUAUAAUCUGGCAAAGUGAAGAAAGGAGGCGGAGUAAACAGAUUAGAAAAGAAUAUUUCAAGUAUAAAUCCACAAGGAAGAGUUCAAGUGUCAAUGAAAAUGAUGAGCAAGACAGUGAUAAUGCUAAUAUGUCACCACAAUCUCCAGUAUCAUCUGAGGAGUAUGACAGAUCAGAUGGUUUUUCGCAUGGUCCCUUUGGCUUAAAGCCUCGCUCAGCUUUUAGCCGCUCAUCUCGCCAGGAAUAUGGAGUAGCAGAUCCAGGAUUUACAAUGAGAAGAAAGAUGGAACAUUUACGGGAAGAGCGAGAACAGAUAAGACAGCUUCGCAAUAAUCUUGAAUCCAGGUUAAAAGUAAUUUUGCCUGAUGACAUUGGAGCUGCUUUGAUGGAUGGGGUUGUUCUUUGCCACUUAGCCAAUCACAUAAGGCCACGCUCUGUAGCUAGUAUUCAUGUACCUUCACCAGCAGUGCCCAAGCUGAGCAUGGCAAAAUGCCGAAGAAAUGUAGAAAAUUUCCUUGAUGCUUGCAAAAAAUUGGGAGUUUCACAGGAAAGACUCUGUUUGCCUCACCAUAUUUUGGAAGAACGAGGUCUUGUGAAAGUUGGUGUCACAGUUCAGGCACUUCUUGAGUUACCUACAACCAAGACAUCUCAACUUUCUAUGGCCUGAUAUAAAAUAGGAAGUGUAUACUGUCAUUUUUUGAAGUGAUUUCAGAUAUCUUUAAUUUGUGAAGAGAAUAUCCAGUCAAAAUAAUUUGCCUUACGGUUUUAUCAAAAUUACAUCUAGACAUCAAACGUAUACUUUAAAUUGCCCAAACUUCUUGUAGGGAAGAACAGGAUCAAUUUAAUAAGAGUUUUGAAAAGUUCAAUAUCUCCUUUUACUAAGUUUAUAACUUCAAUUAUUUUUCAAAAAGCAGAUUGAUACUGAAUUUAAAAUAUGAUUAGGCUUGUUUUUUAUAUCAUCGCAUACUACACAUCCAGAUAGAUCAGUCAUUUUUUAGCAAUUUAAACAAGUCUAUAUUUCAGUUUUUUAAUAUACUUCUAGUUUAUGUAUCAUUUCUUCAAUCCUUGGUCUUAGUUUUCUAGAAAAAAAUGAGUAGACAAAACAAGUCUGGCAUUAAAUUCUUUUAGUAUUAUAGGUUUGUGCCAAAAUAUUUUCAUUUGUACUGUAGAUUGUUUACAUGUGAAGUGCCUGUGUAAUUGAUGAAUUUUAUAUAGUCUUAAGCAUUUUUGCAAUUUCUUUUUAUGUAUUAAUAGAAUCAAUGGGAUUUUAAAAUAUUUCAGUGGAUUUUGUAAGGUCAGUAGUAUGUGAGGAUUUUAAAUGUGCCUCACAUUGUGACAUUUGUCAAUUUUUAGUUAAUAACUUGCAGUUUUCCUUAAAUUGGUUAUUUCAUGUUGUCAAAAAUGUUAUUAUGCUUAAUUUAUGCUAUUUAAUUUUGCAAAACUUAAUCAUCUUUUAAAAUGUAUUAUUUGAGAGUAUUUUAUUUCUGUAUUGAAAAUGUUACACAAAGAAGAUUUUUGAGAACUUGAGAAGUAUCAAGGACCUUUUGAUAAAGCUGCCAAAGUCUGGAUUUAUAUCUUGAAUUUCAGGAAUGUUACAUCAAGUGCUGCUUUUACUUGUACUCAGCAGCGAUUGAGGAGUAGGUUUUUAUUCAGUUUGGCCAUUCAUAGCUAUUCUACACCUUGUGAUGCUCAAUUGACUUGAUAUUAAAAACAAUCCAUUCCAUAAAUAUUUUCAUGAACUUGUAUGUUACAUAAAGUCCUUGUUUGAUUUACAGAUGGAUAAAUAUAUGUUGGUAGUAGUGCAGGAACUUUUCCAAAAUAUCACUAUAACAAAUAACUCCGUUUCCUGUAGAUGAACCUUAGUAAUCACUUUUGUAGUAGCCAAGCAAGUAUCAUAUUUUAAAUAUGUGAUUAUUUGCACUUAUUACCUCUUGAUAUGAAUGCAACUUAUUACAAAUGCUGGCCUGGGUAUUUUAAAGGGUAUAUAUAAAAGGUAAAGAAGUAGUGUGCCAAAUGGUAUAGUAAGGCUUGGUUUAGGAAACAACUCUACUGUUUUGGUCUGCUGGCAUGAAGCCAUAUAACUGAAUUUUGGCUUUGGAAUACUGAUGUGUGUGUUUUUUUUUCAUUCCCCAUGGAUCAAAUUGGAGCUUGUAAAGGAUCAAAGCUUCUUAUGACUGUAAAUUUUAAGAAUUAAAUUAUUAAUAAUUUAUUACUUUAAAUAUUUGAGCUAAUUGUAAAUUUUCAGUUGGAUCUAAGCCUUAGAAGGGAGAAAAACCCUUAUUGAUAUAAUCAACAUCCCUAGUGAAAAUUUGUAUAAAUAUAGUUAAGAAAUUUCUAGUGAGUACCUUAGUUGUCCAGUAUUAAAUUUAGAAAUUUGACAGCAUCACAAAUUAAGUAACCUUUAAAAAAUCACAACAAUCAUUUGUACUUCUUUCAUAGUUAUUGUGCUAUAGAAUUCUUAUUAACCUAGCAUUUAUUUUUUCAGGCUUUUGUGCUUUAUUAUUGAAAUAGUGAAAUUGUUGAUUAUUACUUUAUUGCAUUAUACCUGUUGGUUAAUUAUUACUGUAUAAAGAAAAUGAGCCAGAACUUCACUGUUCAUUCUUUACAGAAAAUCAGAAUCCCAUUGAAAAUGGAAACAUCUGAGGUCCAUACCUUGCCAGUUCAUUUCAUAUUAUACCAAAAGGCAAAACCAUGCCUAAGCACCUUCACAGCAUAAUCUACAAAGGCAACAUUAUACCAAGGCCCCGGUGUACUUCAUUUAGUAGUUUUUAAGUGUAAAUUUUAUUCUAAAUAGCUUUAUAGUUACUCUGUAUUAUUCCAUCAGUUAUUGAAUUAAGAAUCAUUUUCAUUAUUUGAAUGGGUUUGCAAUAUGAUGAUGGUUGAAUAAUCAAACUAAAAUAUUUUGUUGGGUCCUAAAAAAUUCAAUAGAUAGGUAUUCCAUGAUUGUAUGGCACAAGAAAGCAGUGAUGUUGGAUAUGUUAGAUUAAAGUGAGUAAAACGCAUAACCAUUUGUUUAACAAUUAUCUUUAUAGAAUGCUAGUUUAAUGACUUUUCUAACUGAAUUUUUUGAAGAAUUCAGAAAUGUUUGUAUUAGGCACAGACCUAUCAUAACUGAUUUUCUGAUGCAUUUAAAAAUAAAUGGAACACUAAAUGUAUAUUACCGAUGCAAACUGUGGAUAAAAUUGAAUGAAAAAAAUUAAGUCUGGAAUUUCUUUUCUUCCUCUCUAUCACCUCUCUUAUUCUUCAGCAUUACAUGUCUACAGUCAUGAGUGUGGAAAAAUAGUACAGUCUUGAGAGGAUAAUCAAAUUAAGUUGCUUUAGUUGGGUCUGGUGGUGCACACCUGUAAUUGAGGCUGAGGCAGGAGAA